AUGCUGGCCCAUUCUCUCACGUCGCUUGAGCUGUUCAAGACGGAGAACUAUGUUCCCCAGGCACUCGAUGACCACGACGGGCUUCAUAAAGUGGUGUCUAAAAACUCGAGCAAAUCACUGCGGCUCACCAGAAACCCAACGCACCUUUCGGAGAUAAGCAGAAUCAUUCUGGGCAUACGAGAUGACCGGGACCUUGACUCGGAGCAGUACGAGUCGUACUGCAACAACAUGGAGCCCGAGGCUCUCUUGGCCAAACAGCUCGAAUGCGUGCCUUCCAAAGACGAAACCCACUUGGAGAAAUCCGAUCACCCAGUAGACGGUGCGUUUGCGUUCUGGCAGGCGGUUCUAGUCAUGCUCAUGGUGUUUCUGACAUGGGGCACCAACGCUGCGUUUGGCAUCUUUUUGAACUACUACUUGAGCUCGGAUUCUUUUCCCGGCGCGUCCAAAUAUGACUUUGCGCUCAUGGGCGGCAUGGUGGUGUUUUUGGCCCAGCUCUUGGCGCCGUUCAGUACUCUCGCUGUGCGAGUCUUUGGCCAGACGCCCGUGCUAGUGACCGGAAUCUGCAUCCAGACUUUGGGCUAUCUAUUGGCGGCAGAAUGCACGCAGCUCUGGCAGAUUUUCAUGUGCCAGGGUGUGCUUAUCGGGAUCUCGUUCUCCUUGAUUUUCAUCCCGGGCACCCUUGUGAUUCCGACUUGGUUCGACAAAUCCAAGGCUUUGGCCAUGGGCAUAGCCGUGUCCGGUGCCGGCUUGGGUGGGUUGGUUUACAGUUUGGCGCUCAAUAGCAUCAUACAAAACACAGGUGACCAGAAAUGGGCGUUGCGGACCGCGGGGCUCAUGAACUUGGUCAUUUCACUUUUUGGCACCCUCUUCUUGAGGCCCAGGAACAAGCAGAAGGUGCUUUAUAAAAACACGCUCAAUUGGGCCUUUGUCAAGAACACGUCCAAAGUCGUGUUCAACUUCAAGAUCUUCUUGCACUGGCCCUUGUUCAUCACCGGCGUGUGGUUUGGCAUUGUCUUGCUUGGCUACGUCAUCAUUUUGUAUUCGUUUGCAGCUGUUGCAACUUCAGUGGGCAUGUCGCACACGCAGAGCUCCAACAUCUUGGCUGUUUUGAACGCGCUGCAAGUGGUGGGAAGACCGCUCAUUGGCAAUUUCGGCGAUUCUUUCGGCCGUAACAAUACCGCAAUUGUCAUCUGUCUAUACGUGGGGAUUCUCCUGACUGCGUUUUGGUUGAACGCCACGUCGUAUGUGUCGAUCAUGUUGCUUGCUACCUUCAUUGGCGGACCCGUUGGAAUUGGCAGUUUGAUGGCCCAAUCUCUAGCCUAUGACAUUCUUGCCUUUCGGGGUAUUCCCGAGAAAAUCCCUGCGGCGUGGGGAGGGCUUAAUAUCAUAGUGUCGGUUUUCUCGCUUCCAGCAGAAGUCAUUGCGCUCAAAUUACAAGUGGAUGCCGGUGCCAAGUCCUACCGCCACGCGCAGAUCUUCACGGGCUGUUGCUUCUUUUUUGCGGCGUUGUUGAUGAUCUUCAAUAGAGAAUGGUUGAUUCGCCAGACUCUUAUGGUAAGACGAAAACAAGCAGAGGAGCACUUGGGACAGAUCUCUCAGCCUGGUAAUGAAACAUGCCCGAACCCGGGGAUUGCCAGCGAAGAAGAAAAGACUGCGACUAAUAGGGUUGAUAGAUACAAUCAGCUCUUGGGAGCGAAUCCCGUGUACUUUGUGCUCCGGAUGUUCUACCCGAUCCGCGUCUAGCGAAAGAGGAUGCUGGCGUAUUUCAGGGGUCCCUUUGGCCGUUGAUAGUAGGUUUGUGAGCUAUAGACGGUUCAUGUUAUCUUGGUUGCGACUGGUACCUGGCAAGUCUCUAAAUCAGCAAGAAUUCAGGGAGCUAUUUUCCGUCCGUGAUACACCUAUUCCACCCCUUUGAUUUCAAACGAGAGUAAAAGAAAUCAGAAAUUGUAGAUCAAAGAAAGCUGUAAUGGCACUCGGGUUCUUCAAGUUUGUAUGGUCCUCAUAUGCCCAUCUCACAGCAGGUGCUACUCUCCCGAUGACAUACGCUUGCGUAUACGCUCCAAGGGCUCAAGAGAAUACUGAGACAUGUAUGCGUUGGAGCACAGCGUGAAACAUCAUUGUUCUUAGUGUUGAGUGACGAGAGUUGUGCUUGUAACAGCUGUUAGACUAGGGCCCAGGAAGAGAUACGUAAAAUUAAUAGAGCUGAUGAAAAUGAUUCUGAUUCCG